AUGAAGUUUUCACGUAUCGCGGUUCUCGGCGCGGCGACGCUCGCUGUCGCUCAACCUCACAACCACGUACACAAGCAUCCCGUCCGACAAAACGGAUCUCCUGUGGAAGGGCGCGAUGCGUAUACCACCACCACCGUCCCAGGAGCCGUCGUGACCGUGUAUGAACUGAAUGGAGAGUUCAUCCCAUGGGAUGAGGUGGAGGCUGGCAUUCGUAAUGGCAAAUACAUCCUUAAUGGGGACAAGGUCACUUCAAUCGCGGGCCCUAGCUCAGCCGCCACACCAACGCCGUCUUUUAGCCCACCCGCCGUAUUCCUGGAGAAGAAGCCGAGCAUCAACACAACUCCAGUUCCAGCCUAUGUUCCACAGUUACCGGCGACCUCCGCGACCCCGACCCCGACCCCGACCUCCAAUCCAACGCCUUCUUACCCGACGACCCCUGACACCCCCUCAGCCAACGGCAACAGCUCUGCCACCGUGCCUCCUGGUAUCGAUUCCGAUUUCCCCAGCGGCGAGGUCGACUGUAAUGACUUUGCGACCCUUGAGAAGUACGGAGCAGUUCCUGCCGACUACCUUGGACUGAACGGAUACACUGGUAUUCAGAUCACCCCAUCGUACAGCGUCGGUGCAGAUUCCAUCAGCUACAUUCAAACCGCCAUUGCAGGCCAAAACUGUGUCAAGAACUCCUUCUGCUCGUACGCCUGCCCCCCUGGCUACCAGAAGUCCCAAUGGCCAAUCGCCCAAGGAAAAACGGGUCAAUCCGUCGGUGGUCUGUACUGCAACAGCAACGGAAAGCUAGAGCUGACCCGACCUGAAUACAAGACUCUGUGCCAGAAAGGUGUUGGUGGGGUGGAAGCCACCAGUUCCUUGAAGAAGAAUGUCGCUGUCUGCCGUACUGAUUAUCCGGGGACCGAGAGUGAGACUGUCGGUGUUGAUGUUGGCCCGGGAAGUACUGUUCCCAUCACUUGUCCCGAUGCCAACACGUACUACGUAUGGCAAGGGAUGCCCACCACCGCGCAAUACUACAUCAACCCGUCGGGCUACUCUAAGGAGCAGGCGUGUCUGUGGGGUGAGGCCGGAAGCAAUAUCGGAAACUGGGCCCCGGUCAACAUGGGACUUGGAAGGAGCACCAGUGGCCAAACUUUCCUGUCACUCUUUCCCAAUAAGCCAACGAACCCCGACGGGGUCCUCGACUUCAACAUCAAGAUCACUGGGGAUGUCAAUGGCCAAUGUACAUACAUCGAUGGAAAGUUCUACAACAAUGGAAACGAAUCUCCGACUGGGUGCACCGUUGCAGUCACCGGUAAUGCCCUCGUGGAGUUCUAUUAG